AUGGGCGCCGGAGAAAGUAGCAUGGCACUCGAAAGUAAGCCUUUUCAUACCUUUAUUCAAAUCCAACUUCACGUCUUCAGAGCACCUCUUCGACCUCAAGUUCGCUGCGAAGCAACUGGAGAAGAACGCUCAAAGAUGUGAGAAAGAAGAGAAAGUCGAAAAAGACAAGUUGACGACGGCUAUCAAGGUGAGCUUUUGAAACAAGGAGUAGGGAGAAUGAAUGGCUUUUGCAGAAGGGAAACAGAGAAGUUGCUCAAGUGCACGCCGAGAACGCCAUCAGAAAAAAGAACGAAGCCGUGAACUACAUAAAAAUGGCUGCGAGAAUCGAUGCAGUCGCUGCACGAGUACAGACUGCCGCCACGCAGAAGAGAGUGACUUCAAGCAUGAGCGGAGUUGUGAAGGCGAUGGAAAGUGCGAUGAAGAGCAUGAAUCUGGAAAAGGUUCAGCAGCUGAUGGACCGAUUCGAAAGAGACUUCGAAGACCUCGAUGUGACUACGAAGACGAUGGAGAAGACGAUGGAUGGAACGACAGUUCUGAACGCACCGAAGUCGCAGGUGGAUGCGCUCAUUGCAGAAGCCGCCGACAAAGCCGGGUCAGUUCUUCAUUCGAAAUUAUUGUUCACUUUUGUGUGCCCCUUUCAGAAUCGAAAUGAGCCAGGAACUGCCUUCAAAUGUGCCAACUGCCCUCCCAACUGGAACUCAAGCUGUUUCGGAAGACAAAGACCUCACCGAACGUCUGGCGGCCCUCCGCAACAUGUGA